UUCAUGAAUUGAUUUACACAGUGUAAAAUCCACCCCAGUGGGGACCACAAUCCUACGUGUCACCUUUUGAUAGCAGUUCGUCGACGCGCUUUUCUCCCACUGCCUCUCCCUCCCUGUCUUUCCUUCUCUUUUUGUAGACCAGGUGAGGAGGGGCAGCAGCGAAGCGAAACACCACGAUCUCGUAACAUUACGCGAGUGGUGGUGACUCAUUCUCCUUCUGUCGGCCCCAUUCUACUCACGAGACGUUCGUGUUUCUCCUCUGUUGACAGACCUGACCGCCACCGCCUUCUUCUUUUAUCCCGCAAUUUUGGAUUCGUUUCUUUAUGUACACACAUAUACAGGCCAACUUUUCAUUCCAUUUCUUUGAACCAAGCUUUCUAUUUCUUUCUUUCCAAGUUUUCAACGUCGUUUGAUCGCAAUACGACGUCCGUGUUAAUGACAAUGGGAGGAGAGGACGAAGGAAGAUUAGCCAGAAAGUUCUGGAUCAAGUUCAAGAACGAGUCUGUUUUUAUUAUGUACAGUCCCUUUUUUGUUUCUUUAGCCGCUGGAACGUUGAACUCUAAUACUUUUCUUAAUUGCGUCUCUCAAGAUGUUCAUUUCCUCAAAGCCUUCGCUCACUGUUUUGAAUUGGCAGAAGAAUGUGCAGACGAUGAAGAGGACAAGUGUGCCAUACGCAAGCUCCGGAAACGUGUUAAGCAUAAGCUUAAAACGCUCGAUUCCCUUGUCCGCGAAUGGGGCUUUGAACUCCCAGAAGAGUGCAUGAUCAACAAUGCCACGCUCAAAUACACACAAUUUUUGCUGGCAACAGCCUCGGGAAAAGUUGAAGGAGAAAAAGUACUUGGUAAAAUUGUAACUCCUUUUGAGAAGACAAAAGUUGCUGCUUAUACAAUUAGUGCUAUAUCACCUUGCUUGAGGCUCUUUGCAUUUAUAACUAAAGAGAUUCAGCCUCUUCUGGAUCCUAAUGAUAGUAGCCAUGUUUACAAGAAGUGGGUUGAAUAUUAUUGCUCUGAAACCUUUGAGGAAUCCAUUGCACAGACUGAGGAGUUGCUGGAUAAACUAAGUGUUUCUCUGACAGGAGAAGAACUUGAUGUCAUCGAAAAGCUCUAUCAUCAAGCUAUGAAACUUGAAGUUAAUUUUUACUGUGCUCAACCAAUGAUGCAGCCAACAGUAGUUCCUUUGUCUUGGGUGAAGGAUCCUGCAGAAGGCCAACUUACCAUAUUCUGUGACUUUGACUUAACAUGCACUGCUUUUGAUUCCUCUGCCAUUUUAGCAGAAAUUGCAAUUGUAACAUCACAAAAGGCUGAUCCUGAUCAGUCUGAAUCAAAACUCCCUCGAAAAUCAUCUGCUGAUUUGAGGAACACAUGGGGAGUUCUUUCCAACAAGUAUACUGAAGAGCAUGAACAAUGCAUAGAUUGUAUCAUGCCCUCUGAAGCAGUGGGAAAAUUUGAUUAUGAAGGUUUGUGUGAAGCACUCAAGCAACUUGCAGAGUUUGAGAGAAAGGCUAAUUCAAGGGUGGUAGAGUCAGGAGUACUGAAGGGUAUAAAUCUGGAGGACAUAAAACGAACUGGUCAACUUCUCACUCUUCAAGAUGGAUGUAGAGGGUUCUUUCAAAAGAUUGUAAAAAGUGAAAAUUAUAAGACCAAUGUUCAUGUUCUUUCAUACUGUUGGUGUGGUGAUCUUAUACGGUCUGCAUUCUCAUCAGGGGAUCUAAAUGUGCUGAAAGUGCAUUCAAAUGAAUUAGUGUAUGAAGAAUCCAUAUCAACAGGUGAUAUUGUUAAGAAUUUGGAGUCUCCCUUGGAGAAGUGUCAAAUCUUGAAUGACAUUGUAAAGGAUUGCAGCAAUAAUGGCCAGAACUUGACAGUUUAUAUUGGAGUUUCACUAGGUGACCUGCUCUGCCUUCUUGAAGCAGAUAUAGGCAUAGUAAUUGGUUCAAGUUCCAGCCUGAGGAGACUGGGUAAGCAGUUUGGUGUUUCCUUCAUCCCAUUAUUCUCCGGUUUGGUAGAGAAACAAAAGGAACUCACAAACGACAGUUCCUUUACAUGGAAAAAAAUGUCUGGCACAUUAUACACAGUUUCUAGUUGGGCUGAAAUACAAGCAUUCAUCCUGGGGUCAUAAUUUAGGACCAUCCAAGAGGUGUGUCUAUUUAAUUGUUUGAAGAAACUUGAUCAUCAAUUCAUUUAUAACAGUAGGAUAUACAGAUGAUACAGAUGGUGGCUAAUUUUACUGGAGGGGCACCCAGUAGCCUUCAUUCUUUUUCUUUAGGGCAUGCCAUUAAAAUAUAUAGAGAUUUUGUAAUUAGAGUCACAAUAACAUGGUUACAGUCUAAACAAGUUGUUAUUCUACUUGUUUUACACCUCUGUUUAAUUGAUAAUUAUUCUACUUUUCUCAUAAGCUGGAGAGGGAAAAGUAUUACAUAUUCCAAUCCAAUGGGUUGUUUGACUAAAUCAUGUGUAAUUUGACUGAUGAUUUUUCUUGAAUAUCAACUCAAAGUUUUUAAGCGUGA